AGGAAGCUAAAAUUUGCAAUUUGCAGUUGCAGUUAAUUGCAGUUCCAUGGCAUUAUUGGCAUUGAGUUACCAUAGGGGUUUUGGGUUUUGGAGUUUUGUAGAUUUCAGUUAUUUCUACUGAAGAAAGAGAAACAGAAAUUAGAAACAGAAACCCGGUCGAGACUCGAGUGCAAGAUUUUGGAGAACUAAAAGCACCUAGAACCAAUGAACUCCUAGAACUAGAACUACUCUAUAAAUAAAUUACAGAGCCGGAGCCGACAGAAAGUUGAAAGUUUAGCUGUUUACUUAGCAUAACCUACAAGAUACAAGGGACUAUUUUUCUACUUUUUCGAUUUCUAUUCUAAAAAAAUCGGUCGUGUAUGUUGUUUUACAAUUAUUGUUAUAUGUUGUGGUUACAAUUGUUGUAUCUAUGUUGUGGUUUUCCAUUGUUCUGUUCGGUUAUAGACUCUAUGGUUAUAGGGUAGGACCGUAGAAGGCUCCAGGAUUUUUAAUUUGUGAUUUAAAUUUGGGGCAUUCAAGGAUCCAAACACUCCACCAAUAAUACUGUCCUAUACCAUGUGAUGAAGCUGUAGCAGCUGUGCUAAGAAAGUAGAAUUAUUCAACAUUUAAAUAAAUUUGUAGGAUCAAGGACAAGUGAAAAAAAUGGAUGAUUUUGUAAUGAAUUAUAUCGAUGAUGAUGAUCUUACUGAGGAGGAAUACAAUUCUGGAUUUUAUAAUGGUAACCUCAAGGUUGACCCCGACCAAUUUCUGACAGAAAACAAAGAUGUGCAGAAUGGACUGUAUAGUUUCAACAACCAGCUACAAGAUUCAAAAGCUUCCAAUCAGUUUCAGCAAAAUUUGGGACAAGGAAACAUUAGUGCAACUACCGACGAAGAAAAAACAUCUCAAAAAGAAGAAAUUUUACCACCAAUUGAUGCCCUUUCUUCUAUUGUAAUAGUGAAGGUAGAAACAGUUAUGGAUACUCCAUGCGACUCCUCAACUUUCAAUGCUCCGCUUAAAGAAGAAUUUCCUUGUGAAACUUUGAAUGGUGCAACCAACGAUGAUAUAAAAAAAAUUACUUUCAAAUGUGAUGUUUGUUUCUUCAUAGGAACAAGUAGAUUCGCUUUAGCUAGGCAUAAGGAAACAUGUAAAGCAGUUGAACCUUUAAUUGUGCCUGAACUCUCGGAAAAACUUGAAGAAGAAAAGUAUUUCGCUUUAGCUAGGCAUGAGGAAAAAUGUAAAGCAGUUGAACCUUUACUUGUGACUGAACUUUCGGAAAAACUUGAAGAUGGAAAGUAUUCCAAGGCAGUCACUUUUAACUGUAAUGUUUGUGAUUUUUCCGCUACCAGUAGAUUUGCUUUAGCUCGGCACAAAAAUAAGCAUCAAAACAAUGAAGUUGAAGAUAAGAGAAUUAUUUUUGAUUGCGAGUUUUGUCCAUUUUCUGCUUCAAGUAGGUUUGCUUUAGCAAGACAUCAGGAGGAACAUGUUGAUGUUAAAGAAGAGAAAUUCAACAAUUCACUAUUGGAAGAAAAAUGUGUUCCGGUCGAAACUACUAACCAAAUGAUUCCUAAAAUGCGCGUGUUCAAAUGUCGAUGGUGCCAGUUUACGUCAAAGUUUAGAUUUGCUUUGAAGAGACAUGCAUUAAGGCACAGAAAACCUGACACAUUCACCUGUCCGCGUUGCUUUAAUUUGGUGCUAACCGUAUCAAAAAGUGAGCAUUUAUUAAAGUGUAAAAAGAAGUGCGAACAUUUCACAUGUGACAAUUGUCCCUAUAAAACUAUAUAUAAAAAAAUGUUUAUGAACCAUCAAAGCACAUGCAAAAAAGAGUUAUCUACACUUGACGUGCCUGCAACUAUUCAACAUCAAACAAGUGAGAAAAAUGAGUCCAAUCAAAAAUGUAAAUAUUGCCCAUUUACUACAAAAUUUUCUUCGACCUUGAAUAAACACCUGGAAUCACAUAAAGCAGUACAGCCUCUGUUAAAAUAUCCUAAAGUGCUUGCAACAGAUAAACAACAUCAGACAACUGUGCAAAGUGAAUCACACUUCCAAUGUAAAUAUUGCUCUUUUUCUGCAAAAUUUCUCUGUAACCUUACAAAUCACCUAAAAGCGCAUUCCUUGGGAAAGCCUAUCUUUAAAUGUAGACAUUGUAGCUAUAGAUCGACUUAUUCUGCUGUUAAAACGCACAAUCAAACAAACCCUGCUUGUUACCUAAAAAAUGAUGUAGGAAUAGAUCGCCGCAGAAGUAAAGAACUGCUCAAAUGUGAUCAAUGUACUUUCAAGACAUCAUGGCUGCCAGCUUGGCAUAAACAUCGCAUUUCACAUCGUAGGCAAAAAACUGAGAAAAGUGAAAUUAUCAAAUGUCCAGAAUGUCCUUUUAGAACACAUCAGAAGACUACCUUCGAGAAUCAUCUUCGUUCACAUGAACAUAAUAACGUUCGCACGAGAAAUACAAUUACUGAAUGCAAAGAAGGCCCUUCCAAUACAGAAUUGAUGGCUGCUAGUGACACCCAUGAAAAAUCAGAGGUGUUUCAAGUAGGAAGUGAAAACGCCAAUAAUACUACUAAAGAUGAUCAAAGUGCACAAAACUCAAAUAUAGAAUAUAAAUGCAAAUUUUGUUCAGUCACACUCACUCGACUACAUUCAUGGAGAAUACACAUUGGAAAACAUAAAAAACUUCCUGUUUAUAAAUGUGACAAAUGCAAUUUUACAGGUUUUAAAUGUAGCGUUGGAAAGCACAUGAAAAUAGAACAUAAAAAUGAGAAAUUCUUGGAGCAAACACGGGCAAUUUGUCAUCGUAUGAAAGCUGAGAAUUUGAAAAGGCACAGAAGAACUCACGAAGGCAAAAAAAUUAAAACUUUGCCUAGGGAUACGCAUAUAAAUGGGUUGAAAAAAUUUUGUUGUGAGUUGUGUUCGUACAGUGCUAUAACUAAAAACCAACUCAUACUUCAUCAAAAAAUGCACAUAAAAAAUGAUAAACCGAUUGUUCAGUGCACUCUGUGCGACUACAAAUCGUUUCCACACCAGUUAACAAGACACUAUAGAAACGUGCAUAAUAAAGUUAAAUUUAACAAGCAAGCAAUGCAUUAUUGUAAAAUUUGUUCAUUUUCUUCGAAAUUCAAAGCUAGUGUACACCUUCACACGCAAAAUCAACAUACGUUGCGUAAAUGUGACAUGUAUGAGUGCGAUUAUUGCGAAUUCUAUUCGACUAAGUACAGCCUUAGAGUACAUGUGGCCAAAGUGCACAGACAAGCAAAAGAUUCAAGCUGUGAUUGACAGCUUAACAUCCGUAAAGUGUUUAGAAAAUUGUCACACGUUGAAACGUUCGCAUAUAAAUUAUUUCAGUUUUUUAAAUGUUUUUUUAAUUUAGUUGUUCUAGUUUUAGGUUUAAUAUCUUGAUUUUAAAUUAAAUGCUAACAUGUACUACAUUUACA